UUCUUUUCUUCUUUUGGAAAUAGUAGGAAAGAAAGUACAAAUGUAUUUGUGUAGGGGAACCAUUCUGCUAAAAUAUUUUGCAUUAAUCCUCCUCUUUCUGCAAACAUGCAAUGCUAGGAAGAGCAAACACUACUACUGUCCCAUUUCUGCUUGUGGCAAUAUCCGUAACAUAAGCUACCCUUUUCGCUUAAACACCGAUCCAGAAUAUUGCGGAUAUGGUCUACCAUUUGAAUUAGCUUGUGAAGGUAACCAAACAAUUAUAUCGUUAUUCUCCAAGAAGUUGCACGUUCAAGACAUCAACUAUGAUAGAGAGACAAUACACCUGGUAGAUCCAACUUUACAAACACAAGAUGGUCUAUGCUCUUUCAGACCUAUGCAUAUCUUCUUAGACCAAGCCUAUACAAUCUUCUUGUCAAACUAUGCAGCAGAUCCCCUUUUCAUGAUCAACUGUCCAUUUGCUGUUAAUAAUUCUUCGUCAUUUCUGGAAAUUAGUGGCUGCAAAUUAAGCAGAUACACUUAUUUAAAGAUUGGAGAAAUGAGUGCCUCUGAAGUCAGCGAUGGAUGCAGAGUGGAAUUUAUAGGCUGGACCUCAUGGCCUAAAAUUAUUAAUACAGAGAACAACAUUUCCCUUUCUGAUUUACAUCAAGUCAUCCUCUACGGAUUUGAGCUUCGUUAUUUUCUGGAGAGUUCUCCACCUCAAAGGAUAAGCUUUAUUGAACAGAUUGUCGGUGAGGACUCAAACUUUUCUCUACAUGUGUUCUUUAUUUGA